AUGCGGAAUCAAAAGAAAUAUUCAUCUUCUGAGGAUCCUAUAUUUGGUCAAUCGCCAGUCUUUGCAUUAGAUGACGCAGAAGUUGAUCCGGAAGUUAUUAGAUAUCUGCAAAAUGUGAGAAAAGAAGCAAUAGCGACCAAUGCAACACAAGCCCAGAAUUUUACCAGGAUACGAGGACAUGAUGCAUCAAUUUAUGAUGACACUGUUGCUGGUCCUCAAGAGGCAGCAUCUCAAAUUACAGAGCAACAUGGUCAGUGGGGGCAUGUUCCACUUCGAGAAGAUUUUGUUGACUUUGGAAACAAUAUGGAAAAAGGUUUACAGAGUUUCAACAAUGUUACAGAAAAAAUAUUUAAUGAGAGUUUUACUGUACAAGCGUAUGAAAAAGAUCAUCUGGAUCUUUUAUUGUAUUAUAUGAAGCUGCACCUAGAGAAGAUUCCCGAAAAGAAAGGUAUUGUUGCUCACAUUUUGAACCUUUUGAAGGAAUAUACCGUUAGUGAAGACCUCUUGAACGAGAAUGAUUGGACCAUUGAUGAAGAAUGGUUUGAACGUAACCUUGGCCGAUUGAGGUCCUUGAGAAUACGAACAAUUGAGGACAUCAAAAUCAGUAUAACUGGAGACUUUUCCGAUAAGGAGCCUAUGGGCCUGAAACAAUGGACGCAGUUCAUCAGAGAAAAUGAACCACUGCACUCAAUGUUUUGUACGAUGAUCAAUGCUAAAAAUAUAUGGGUAUUGGUGCAAUUCAUGUCACAGGAAUGGAUCAAGGAAAUAACCAAGGAAAAACCAUAUAAGCAGAGAGUAAGUCAAUGGUUAUUCUAUAUUUUAGCACAUUUACCUACUAAAGUAACAGCGACUCAAACAAGCUUGUUGAGAACACUAGGUAAGAAAUGUCAGAAGCAACUAUUCGUAAAAACGGCAGAAAGAGGAAAAGGUACUUUGCCAAUUUCUACUGAAAUGAAACAGCUCAAGAUAACGUUUGAUACCGUCGAUAUAGAUAUACUCGAAUUAGUUGUCGCUAUUAUGGCAAUGAGGUAUGGGCAAAGAGAUCUCAUUGAGUUCCUUUCAGAAACGAAAAAUUAG